AUGUACUCGUACCCUACACCUUUACCCGAAUUCACUGCCCAAUCUCAAUCCCAGGAUGGUCUGCAUAAUAGACCAGUGGCCAAUUAUCCCUGGGCAGUGCAAGGAGGUCUCAGCGCCAUCAACACCAAUGUCCGUCCACAAUAUGGGUUCUCGGAGUCGCCUUUGCCUAUGAGUUCCUCAACCAAUGGUUACUCAAGCUACAACACGGCUCUUCUCAGCCAACCCACUUUCAGUCCUUAUCCAAGCUUCUCGCCAGCUGGUGAAUGGUCAUUUUCCAGGCCUCAGCACGGCUCAUCGUCGCAAACCGUCGUUCCAGCGACUAACACCGAAGCCAUCAAAGUUCUGAUCAAAAGAUUUGGGUGGCUAUGGUUGCUGCUCAAGGUCAGAUCAAAACUUCGAGGCUCAGGUCGAAGGCAUCAACGUCGACACAGUGCUUCGGAUUACACAUCACGGACAGCUGGCCACAACAAUGGCCGCUAUUUGGCAUCGUCAAUGAGUGUGUCCUUUGCAGACGAUGUAGCGUUGGGCAACUUAGUCACUGGGGACGAGGCCGAUCUCUUCAACCCCAUUGAUUCCACAAAUCAUGUGUGGUUUGAUAAUGCUCUGGGAAUACUCACCGGUGAUGGAAACUCACCGUUCCCGGUGCCAGCGGAUGUGCCACGACCAGCCACAGUUCUCUUUGAAGAGGAUGUCACGGCUCCAGUUCCGGAACAAAGACUCAUUGAGUGUCUGGAUGAGACAGUUCCACCAAUCAAUUUCAUGAACCAGCCUCAACAAGACGUUGUCGCCUCUGGCCAGUCAAAAAAGCGAUCUUUUGACUGUGUUGAGCUCGAUGAUUCGUCAACGGACGAAGCUGACGGGACGUCUGUGGAUAAGAAACGAUCCAAGACGACUUCUACAGCACCACGAUUUGCCUGCCCCUUUUACAAGAAUGACCCAGAACGCUAUGCAAACACAAGAAGUUGCUGCGGGCCUGGGUGGGAGACGGUCCAUCGAGUCAAGGAACACAUCUUCCGCAGUCAUACACACCCAGAACAUGAGUGCCAGCGCUGCUUUCAGUCUUUCAAGACAGAGUUGAAGCUCUCUAAGCAUUUAAGAGCCUCUCCGCCUUGCGAAGUCCAAAGUCGCAAUACCCAGGAGCAUGAUGGCAUCAACGCAAGCCAGUCUAAGGCACUGCAUGCAAGAGCCCGAAAAUGCGACCCUGGAGCAGAUCUCAAAGAGGUCGAGGAACAAAGAUGGAAUGAUGUUUACAAGAUCAUCUUUCCCGGAGGGGGCCUGGUGCCUACGCCGUACUACGAUCGCUUACAGAAGAGCAACAAUGAUGACUUUGACACGAACCUCAUGUCUGAUUUUGAGCAGCGUAUUCAAGGCAAAGUCGGGGAGAUGAAGAACCUGCAACCUACACUGGCACCUCUGAUGGUCCAGCUAGCUUGCAAUACACUCAGGGAGAACUGUCUUCCUCGGAAUGAGAAGCUGUGCGAAUAUCACCAGAAUUAUCAGGAUGUUGAUUCCUCUCAAGUCUCCGACAAUUCUUCAACUCCAGAAUCAAUUCUUGAGGCUAGUACACCCAUAGUAGUACCUUGUAGUACUUCAGAGUGCGGCUAUUGUCGAGAGGCAUCGGCAGAUAGUGCCGAAACAUGCUACAGCAGCGAUCAAGCCUCCUCCUUUUCGGCAGUUACAGAGAGGGGAAAGCAUCAGCUCGUCGUUCAAGUAAUGGCGAGGCUCCAAGAAUGGCUAGAGGUGAUGCUGAGGAGACACGGGAAUCAGAAGAGUCGGUCAGAUUCGAGUAGUGGUUCUACACCAGUUGUUGGGGCAGCCAGUCGUGCUGGGGAAUCAACAGACAGUCAACCCCGAAGAAAGCGCCAGAGAAGUGGUUCUGAUGAUGGCUUUGGAGAGGAUGAUAAGACGCCAGAUCGAGCGCAGAAGAAGCGCGGGAAAAUCAGUGAUUCUGCUGAAAUCAGAUAUGUUUGUCCAUUCUUCAAGCAUAAUCGUGAGAAGUACAAAACAUCUCAGUGGAAGAGCUGCUGCUGGCCAGGGUGGACGUCUGUUCAUCGAGUCAAAGAGCAUCUCUAUCGGCGACACAUGCUUCCCAAGUUUCGCUGCAACAGAUGCAGGCAAGACCUGAAAUCAGCUUUCAACCUUAACGAACAUCAACGAGCGGAAGCGACCUGCCAGAUACAGAGGGAAGAGCCUGAGGAAGAUGGUAUCGAUGAAGAACAAGAAAGAUUACUGCGUGUCAGAAAGAGGAAGAAUGGGAAAGCUCCACAAGUUGCAGAAGAAGAGAAGUGGGUUGAGAUGUACAAGAUUCUCUUUCCUGACGAUGAUCCAAUUCCUUCUCCAUAUCCCGAGUUGUGCCCUUUACAACCCGAACAAGGCACAGAACAUCCCGGGGCGAACGUCUUAGACAACUUUGAGGACUAUGCGCGACGUGAGUUUUCAAGACGCAUGAGGCCCCGUAUAGAGAGUUUAGUCGACGGAAUUCUCGAGCAAACUCUCACUUCUCAAACGAUCACCGAUGUCGCCAACAAUGUCCUCUCAGGCAUUAUGGAGUCUUUUCGCGAUAGCCAAAGCCAGGAGACUUGCCAACCAGAAUCUCAGGAUUUGCCCUCGAGAAGUCCCAGCCCUCAGGGGAUGCCAUUUGAGAGCUCUACACAAGUGGUACAAGCAAGCCAAAUUUCUGAAGGCCCGAAUUCAAGCUUGGAGGUUGACUUGGAUGAGAUAUUGAACUCUCUCGAUGCUAACCAGUCUUUUGAUUUUGAGCGUUGGGAAACGAAAGGUGAAGGCAUAAACACAUUUCAUCCUUUUGGGCUCCAGGUCGAACAGUAUAUAUAA